GGGUGCUAGAAACUGCUGGCUGCUGCUGCUGCUGCUGCUGCUGCUCGUGCUGCUUGGCUGUGUGCGGGACCCGGACACCAGCGCGACGACUCCAGGUCGGCGACGAGGAGCUGCGCUCAGGAGGACACCUCCCCGUCGAGGACGUGACGGACUCUGGACGGUGAACAUGGCCCUCGGUCUCGGGUGGGCAGGAACAGGAAGUCCCCGGCGGCGCCGGCGGCGGUCAGCACCAUCAGGACACGCGCCGGCGAGCUGGGAGCGGCUGAUCGGCAGGGCAGGUGUACAAUGUCCGAGAUUGCCCCAAGUUGGGGAGGCCGUGGGCGCCGUGCGUUGGGGUGAGUCGUCCGGCCCUUCACACACGUUUGGUUUCACGGUGUCGCCUCCUUCUUCCCCGAGUGGAGCUUACCAGUCCACUGUGCUACUGCACACAACACAUAAUCUGACGGAGAGUAUUGUUGUACAUCGCAGGUAUACAGGUUUCAAUUGA